AUGAUUGAAUGCGAUGACUUUGACCUAAGCAAUGGUUUCUACUUGGUCUUCAUGCAUUCGCUUUCCAUUGUGGCUGUUCCAUUGAAUAUGCUGGACUGGUUCAUUUUUCGGUGCCACCAUAAUCAAUCUUUUCCUAUAUCGGUGUCACGUUAUCACCCCCGCUCAUCAUUUCUCGAGGAUCAACAGUCGCGGAAUAUUCAUGUGCGAAGUCGGCUUUCUCUGUUCCUAAUCUUCAAAUUUUCAUCCCGCAUAAGUUGCGACAACUUGUUAUAA